UCGCUCUGUUUUGUUGACGUAACCACUUCCGCCCACGUGCCCACAUGACUGGCUCCACUUGGUCUAUAGUGUGACCUAAUUUGGUUCGUAUUUAAUCCUGAAUCGCUUUCUGCUUGAAAAGAACGACCCUGUCGCACACAUUCAUUGCAAGGCAUCACUAAACAUGCAAUUGUCGAAAAAAAAAUUGUGCAUCAUGAAAACAUGAUUAACACAAGUUAUAAAGCCUACAUGUUUUUUUAUUUUUUUUAAGAUCAAAACAAACCAACCAACAAACAAAAAGGUUUGCAAACACUAAAUUCGGUUUACAGAUGACGUGUUCAAUUAAACAUUAACCCGGUGACAUCAUUUAUUUAAACAGGAAGUAAUUUACAUAUGAAGCGCGAAGUUCAAGCGUGGUGGUUAAGGAAAGUGGGUCGUUCGUGAGUAUACGUGAUAAAAGUACAUCAAAAUUCAGGGGUUAUACGACGUUUUAUGAACUCAAUAAAUAGAUUAACGAUCGGAUUAGCAGGUAAAUUCGCCCUUGCGACAAAUGUUACUAAUUCCGGUAUUGACGAUAGCCCAAAAUGUCGCAUAACAUAAUGUGCAAAUGAUAGGAGGAUGCACGCAAUGUGUUUGUAAAAAUGAUGAUCGCUACAUAUACCGAUCUAAACAAUUAAAUAUUUAAAAAAUAUAUGUUUAGUUGGUUUAUAGGGAGCAAAAAGAAAGUAGUAAAAAGGAAAUUAAUUUAAGAUAAACUUUAUUUUUAUAAAAGGUUUUGGUCACAGAAAAUGCUUACUUAACAUUAUUGGAAGUGAAGACAGUUUGAAAUUUUGAUAUUUCAAGAAUCAUGAUGUAGAUCCCUAUAAUAUGCUUAAAACACAUAAAGAUGAUAUGUCAGACUUAGUUGGCUGUCAGAUGUUUGACAACUCUGUUGUAAAUGAAGGCCCCAGCAUGGCGAAUUUGUUCGAUGAGAUCUCCCAGCGGCUGGAUUUCUCCAGUUGUGGAAAGGUCGGCAGUGGCAGCCGCAGCCGCAGCAGCAGUGGCAGCGACAACAACUCUGAUGACUGCACAUCUAGGAUGCAAAGUCCCAGCAGCCCUGCGUGCAGAACACCCAGGGUGCAGCGCCACCGCAGUCGAAACAACGCCAUAUCUUCACCUUUGAACUGCACCAGCCCCAUUCCUUACGCCACUUGGAAGAAGUUGAGGCUUUGCGAUUCCCCCAGCACUCCAAAGAGUCUGUUGUCCAAGUCGUCGCAGCCUUUUUCCAGCACUAAAAUAAAUCGACAACCCAGGACCCUGCGUUUCGCCUCGGCUGUUUCAAGCCUCAUCCAGGUGCCUUCAGUCAAUGUGAACCCAUUCACCCCCAAUUCCGAGAACAGGUUCAGUGAGCGGCAGUGGAAAAAUUGCUGUAGGAGUGAUACUGAUGCAGACUAUGGACACAGAUUAAAACACAGCCUGACAUCAUCAGAGGAGGAUGAUGAAGCCUUCCUACCACCAAAGAGGCAAGCUGUCCAAGCCCUCAUGUUGUCACGGUACGAAAGUGAGUUCCUGGAGCUGGAACGUAUUGGCGUGGGUGAGUUUGGAACCGUUUACAAGUGUGUGAAGAGGCUGGACGGUUGCCUGUACGCCAUCAAACGAUCCCGACGGCCCCUCGCAGGCUCUGCAAACGAGCAGCUGGCUCUUAAGGAAGUGUAUGCACACGCAGUUCUUGGCCACCAUCCCCAUGUGGUUCGCUAUUAUUCUGCGUGGGCCGAGGAAGACCACAUGAUUAUUCAGAAUGAAUACUGUAAUGGUGGAAGUCUCAGUGAUGUCAUCAAGGCAAAGGAGAUGAAUGGGCAGAUGUUUUCUACAGACGAGUUGAAAUAUUUGCUAUUGCAAGUGUCUAUGGGUCUGAAGUACAUCCACAGUUUAGGACUUGUGCACCUGGACAUCAAACCGAGUAAUAUUUUUAUCUGCCAGCGUACUGUUUCAAGCACAGCAGGUGAGGUGGAGAGUGAGGAAGAGGAGGAUGAAGGAAACCACCCAGCAGGAAUUGUGUACAAAAUUGGCGAUCUGGGUCAUGUGACAUCAACCAGUAAUCCUCAAGUUGAGGAAGGGGACAGCCGCUUUUUGGCCAAGGAGAUUCUUCAUGAGGACUACACCCAUCUUCCCAUGGCAGACAUCUUUGCUUUGGGACUUACCGUGCUGUUGGCUGCAGGGGCUCCACCAAUGCCCCAAAAUGGAGAUGAGUGGCAUCGGCUCCGAGGGGGUAACCUUCCCAUGCUUCCAAGGGAGCUAUGUGCUCCUUUAAGAGACCUGCUUCUGUUGAUGUUGGAUCCAAAUCCCACCAAACGGCCCUCAGCCAAGGAGCUGUGCAAGCACAGCGUCUUAAGACAGGAGAAGACCGGAAGACUGGCGGCGCAGCUGCGGCGUGAGCUAAACGUAGAAAAGUUCAGGACAGCCAUGCUUGAAAAAGAGCUCCAAGAGGCACGUCAGGCCGCUCUUCCCCCCAUGAGCCCUCUGCCUGACUUGAAACUUCUUGAAAAUACGGGGUCACUACCAAGAUCUGGGAGGAAACUUGUGGGUAGAAAGACUGGGCGGUCCAUGAGCUUUGGUUGUCCAGGGUAUCAAGUGUGAUGGGAGGAAGCCCCAUUGGAAGCUUGUCCAUUGGUGUGCAUGUAACCAUUUUGCUAGUUCUGAAAAUAAGUGAUUGCAAUCACUUGGCAAGUGCUAGUUAAACCACAGUGUACUUUGCUAUUUUUAAUUUUUUUUUUACUGUGAAUAAACAUUUUAAGAAUUAA